AUGCUGGCAAAGCAAACAGGGCUUACUAGGAGUCAGGUGUCUAACUGGUUCAUUAAUGCUCGUGUUCGGCUAUGGAAACCUAUGGUUGAGGAGAUGUACUUGGAAGAAAUGAAGAAUUCAGAAUCAAACAUUUCCGAAGAAAACACAAGCAAAAGUGGAGCUGCUGUGAGAGAAUUGGUCUCAAAAUCCACUGCUCUAGAAGAGAAUAACAAUGGGAAAAUGGAGGGAAUACCCGAAAAGAAUUCAAAAAAACCAAGAAAUGGCAAUUCUCAAAGCAAUGCAGUUGUAAUGCAAAUGAAAACAAAAGCUGCAGAUCAGACAAGCAAAGGGUUGUCAGGAGACAACUAUUUAACAUUAAUGGCCGCUAAUACAAGCCAUAGUAACAGAUUGGAUACGUAUGCAAUGGAAGAACUCGGAAGGUUUAACGGAUCUGAGCAACUGGGUACAAGAUUCCAUGGAAACAAUGUUUUUCUCACUCUUGGACUGCCACCUUCAGAAAACAUUAAAUUGGGAACAAGAAUUGAAACUGCAGGAACAGUGGAAAAUAACUACAAUGCGGUUAACAAUCUUCAAGAAUCCCAUUCAAACAUUGGCUAUCACGAUCAGAUUGUUGAUUUCCAGAAUAGGAAGCCAUUUUCAGCUCAGCUCUUAUCAGACUUCGUGGCAUGA